AUGCGCAAAGUAAUACUCAAAACUAAAAUAUAUAGUUGGAUAUUAAUUAUACUUUCAGGAACAGUUGCCAUCUUAGGCUGCAUAUUAGCUGUAUAAGUGGAUAGUUUAGAAGUAAAGAUUUAUGGAACUCUAUUUGUAAUAGCAGGAUUUAUAUUUAUGUCGAUUAACUUUUAUAUAUUCUAUCAAUUACAUACUAUUAAUCUGAUCAAUGCAGAAAUCAAUAAUUUUAAUUGUUUUUCGUCAUGGAAAGUACUUUACAAGUCAAUUCUAAAUAAUUCAGAUUUAUGGAUUUCAAAAUAUUUCUUCAAGUGCUUAAUUGUUAUUUUAUUUCAUAGCACUUUAAGUUUUGUAACAAGAUUGAAAUAUAGUGAUGUUGCUUUUGGAUUUACUUCAAGUAUUUUAUAAUUUUAUUAGAUAUAUCAAUUUCAAUCGUACUUUUUAUGAUCAGUUUUAUACUUGGUUUUAUAUUGUAAUUAUACUUUGUGAUAUAACUGAUAACAAUGUUAGCUGAUUUUAAAGAGUAUAUUAAGGAAAUAGUAUACCUAUUUCAUAUAAAGGACUCGAUAUAAGAGGAAAAAUUAUAUAAAAGAGCAAUCACAAAAGUAGCAAUUUUAUUUACUCUUGGUUCUAUAGGAUAUUAUGGAUUAAAAUUAGCAUUGUAUAUAAUGAUAGCUAAAAAUAAUGAAGAAAUUAAUAUAAAAGUAUUUUCAAUAAUAGUGUCAAUUUUGAAUGUUAGUUGUAUAAUUUUAGGUUCAAAAAUAUAUAAAUAACUAAAAAUUAUUUACUUAUAGAUUCCAGACACUUAAGAUUUUUUGAUUUAUAAUUUAAACAUCCAAUGCUUUUCAGGAUGGUUUAUUUUGGUUAGAUCUUUGAUUCUUUGUAAGAAAUUCAGAUUUUGGAGAAAUUUAAUUUUUAUCUUGUUGUACAUCUAAACAAUUUAUGGAUUAAUUAAAUUUCCGUUUUAUAAGAUUUAUGAUGUUACUAUUAGUGAAAUGUACAGUCUUGAAUCUUAUUUAUACUGUGAUACAGCUAUAAUUGUGGCUCUGAUGUUUUGGUAAUUUGUUGAAUCAUUUGCCAGAGUUAUUCAUUAAGUAAGGAGAAGAUUUCUUACAUAUUAAUUUGAAAAUCAAAGAGUAUUAAAAUGAAUUAAUCAUAGUUAAAUAUAAUUCUUCCUGUGGUAAUAGAAGGAUAAAUAGAUGAGGUAGGGAGAAUUUAACAUCAAUAAAUUGUUGAUAAUUUAGUUGAGAAUGCGUCAGAAGAUUAUGGAGAAUGUUGUUUUUGUCUUGAAAAAAUUUCAAAAGGUUAAAGAGUGCAUAAAUUAAAAUGUCAUCCUUCACAUGUUUUUCAUUAUUACUGUAUGUCAAAAUGGUUGGCAAAUCACAAUAAUUGUCCUUUGUGUUAAUAAACAAUAAAUUGA